AUGCCAGGUAGUGUUGCGGUUUUGAGGACGAGUCCUGUGUGGGUUGGUGGGCAAGUAGAUGACUCUUUAGCUUAUUUCCAUCGGCUUUUUUGGAGAUACCUACCGUGUAUCGCAGCAUUCCGUGAUUGCGAGCCGUUAGUCAGUGUCGACGGGAUCCACCUGUAUGGCAAAUACGGUGGUACACUGCUUGUCGCGAUUGCUCAGGACAACAACUCCAAUAUCAUUCCUAUUGCAUUUGCACUUGUAGAGGGUGAGAAUACUGAGCCAUGGUCAUUCUUCUUAUCUCACCUUCAGCAACUCCAACAUCAUUCCUAUUGCAUUCACACUUGUAGAGGAUGA